AUGGGACGCGAAUCCAAGCCCGCUGAUGUUAUCACGCGCGAGUACACGAUCAACCUCGGGAAGGCGAUCACCGGCGUGACGUUCAAGAAGCGCGCCCCGCGCGCGGUGGCUGCGAUUAAGAAGUUCGCGCAAAAGACGAUGAAGACGUCCGAUGUGCGCAUCGAUGUCAAGCUUAACAAGGCGGUGUGGAGCAAGGGUAUUCGUAACGUCCCGAAGCGUAUUCGCGUGCAAAUCUCCCGCAAGCACAACGACAACAAGGACGCGGACGAGGAUCUUUACUCCUACGUCACCGUCGUCGACACCCCGAACGGAUUCUCCGGCUUGGGCACCGACGUCAUCGACCACGAAUAA